AGUUUGUCACCAAAGAUGGCGAUUUGCUGAGUGCUCAUGGAUACACACAUUUCGCGACUAGCUGUUAUCCCGCCCGCAACGUCAACUUUAAAAACUAAUUAACUGCUCGCCGAGCCAACACUUCGUCUUUGGAAAGAACACCCAAAAACUACGUCGGCCAACGCCACCAUGCAGAUCACACUAAAAACACUGCAACAGCAGACCAUUCAAAUUGAGAUAGACCCCGAACAAACGGUGAAAGCCUUAAAAGAGAAGAUCGAAGCGGAGAGGGGGAAAGACAACUUUCCCGUAUCUGGACAGAAACUGAUAUAUGCUGGAAAGAUUCUUCAAGAUGACACGCCAAUUAAGGACUAUAAAAUUGAUGAAAAGAAUUUUGUUGUAGUGAUGGUGUCCAAGGCAAAGCCUGCAGCUGGUGCCGCGGCGCCGCCUGCUUCAGAAGCACCAAAACCCCCUGCCCAGGAUGCUGGUUCAACGUCAACAUCUGCCCCAGCCUCAUCCCCAGCAUCAGCUCCAGCCUCGACUCCUGCAGCUGUCCUCACGCCCCCCGAGGAGGCCAAGGAGGAGCCAAGUGCUACAGCAACAGAAACCCAACAACCAGCCAGUUCCAGUGGAGGGGGCCAGGGUUUGGAUGCCUCUUCUGCACUGGUGACUGGAGCGGAGUAUGAAGCAAUGUUGACAGAGAUCAUGUCUAUGGGUUACGAGCGAGAGAGAGUGGUUGCAGCACUACGUGCCAGCUUCAACAACCCUCACAGAGCCGUGGAGUACCUUCUCACUGGUCUCCCAAGCAGUCCGAUCCAGGAGACAAAUCCCCCGGCACACACUCCAGCAUCUGGACCCACAGAAGCCCCGUCUCUAGCAGAAGGAGAGAACCCACUUGCUUUCCUGCGGACUCAGUCCCAGUUUCUUCACAUGAGACAGGCCAUCCAGCAGAACCCAGCUCUGCUUCCCACCCUCCUGCAGCAGCUCGGCAGGGAGAACCCUCAACUCUUGCAGCAAAUCAGUCAGCACCAGGAGCUGUUCAUCCAGAUGUUGAACGAGCCAGUGGGUGAAGGCGGCGAGGCACCAGAGGUCGGAGAGAUUGGAGCUGCGGGCGAGGAGGGCGCUCCUGUCAACUACAUCCAAGUUACACCUCAGGAGAAGGAAGCCAUCGAAAGGCUAAAAGCGCUUGGCUUCCCCGAGGCGUUGGUCAUCCAGGCUUACUUUGCCUGUGAGAAGAACGAGAACCUGGCCGCCAACUUUCUCCUCAACCAGGGCCUGGAAGACGACUGAAGAGCCGAAGACCACCGCCUUCCUGCUCCUCCCCUCCCACCCUCCCCCCUUCAAAGACUGCACCCCCAAUUUACUGUACAGCCACCAACCUCAGCUCCACCCAACAAGGAGGGGGAGAGCCAGAAGGGAGAGGGGUGGGAUGGGAUGGGGUCAUUUUUAUGACGAUAACAAAACAUGGAGGUUAUGUGCAGGAAGGUUCGAUAAGUUAGCUCAUGGAAGGUCGCAGUGAAAAUGUGUGGACAAAUUUUAAAAUCCACGUGAAUUCCAAUGGAAUGUGUGGGCUUUGUUUAGGGGACAUCCACAAUUUGAUUUUAGAUGCGCUUUGUGAACACUAAAGGGGGGCUGAAGUUGCUGCGCUAAGUGUGCGUGUGUGCGCUUGUGUGCGCGCGUACACGUCUGCGUGCCUGUGCAGAUGUGAUACUGUUACGCUGAAGAAGAAAAAAAAAGUAAUCAGUUUGCAUUGUCUAAGUUUGUUAAUGCUGUAGCUCAGCGCAUACGUCUCGUGUGCAACAUGAUGUGUGUGUGCGGCAUGUGUGUCCAACAUUAUGACACAAACUGGUCAUGCUGUUUGGGUUUGACGGGAUGAACUGACGAGAUUUGGUCUUCCCUUGUAUGUCACCUUUGUUUGUCCACGCUGGCCAGAAAUGUACGAGCCAAUAAGAAUCCUUUUUCUGUAUCUCUACAGUCACUUAAACGAACUUGUUAGCUCUGCUCAUUAGUUUGUGAUGCUAAUACAUCAUGGCCCAGAAAACCUCUUGUGCAAAUUACAAAAUUACAUUUGUUCAAAAGUUUAGCGUUUUCUGCUUAUAAGAUUUCCAAAAUAAAACAGUAAAGAUAUUCUGGUCAAACACUU